CCAGUGUAGGGCUACGAAGAUGAUCAGAGGACUGGAACAUCUGUCCUAUGAGGAACAUCUGCGAGAGCUGGGCCUGUUUAGCCUGGGGAAGAGAAGCCUGAGGGGGGAUCUUAUCAAUGUCUAUGCUGUCCUCCUCAGGCAAAGGAAAGAUGACUGCAAGCAGGAAUUGACACAGGACACUAUCAAAUCAGCUUUCCACCUAACUGGACUCAUUAUGGCAGAAGGAAUGCCCUCAGGGCCUGAGCUGAGAAUCCUGCUUGUGGGUAAAACUGGCAGUGGGAAAAGUGCGACGGGAAACACCAUCCUUGGUUAUAGUGCUUUCCCUUCCAAAGUAGCAGCGCACUCUGUAACAAAGGACUACAGCAGAGCUGAGGGAGAUUUCAAGGGAAGAAAAGUUAUUGUUUUUGACACUCCUGGCCUUUUUGACUCCAAGAAAUCUAAUGAAGCCACCGCCAAGGAGAUUAAAAAGGCAGUUCACUCCCUCUCCUCAGGGGUCCACGCCAUUCUUCUGGUGGUGCAGCUGGGCCGAAUCAGUAAAGAAGAGAUAGAAGUAGCAGAAUACGUAACAAAAAUUCUGCAUACUGAAGCACAGCGUUACACAGUCCUCGUAUUCACCCGAGCAGAAGAGCUUCAGAAGCCAGAAGAUAUCAAGAGUUUCGUAGAAAGCAGUGAGUUUCUUAAUGGGCUGUCAGCAAAAUGUGGAUGCCGGUACACUGCUUUCAACAACAGGGCAGAAGGAGAGCUAAAGGAUAAGCAGGUUUCAACGUUGAUUACUAUGAUCGAUACCAUGGUAGAGGGUAACUGUAUCGCUCCGUGCUACACACCAGAAAUGCUGGAGAAAGACGCACGGUCGUUCUUUGGAAACUCCCCUGCUCCCAGGAGCGGCUGCUCGGAGAUGAGACUCCUCCUGGUCGGGAAGAGUGGGGGCGGGAAGAGCGCCACAGGAAACACCAUCCUCGGAGAACAAGUAUUCGAGUCCAAGCUUGCAGUCAGAACAGUGACGGAAAGCUGUGCAAAGGCACAAAGGCACCGAGAUGACGGGGACAUCACAGUGAUUGACACAGCCAACAUUUUUAAUCCAACGUCUGUCAGCAGUGAGUUGUACAGAGAAAUUAUUCGCUGUGUCGAGCUGUCCUCCCCGGGACCCCAUGCGGUGCUGCUGGUGACACAGCUGGGUCGAUUCACUGAGGAGGACAAGGAGGCCGUGCAGAGAGUGCAGGACAUCUUUGGAGCUGAUGUUUUGAGGCACACGAUCGUCUUAUUCACGCGGGUGGAAGAUUUGGUGGGGGGAUCGCUGCAUGAUUAUGUGCGAUAUUCGGACAACGAUGCUCUCCAGGACUUGAUUAUGAAGUGUGGGAACAGGUACUGCGGUUUCAGUAACACGGCCACAGGUGCCAGACGGGAUGAACAGGUUGCUGAGCUGAUGGGGAUGAUCCGCAGCAUGGUGCAGGAGAACGGAGGCAGGUACUUCUACAACGAGAUGUACCUGGAGCCCUACUUAACUGAGGAGAAAGUGGAAUAUCAUAUUCAGCAGUACAGAGCAGCCAGGAAAAUGAAGGAACAACCUAGGUCUGUGACAUACAGGAUCAUUUUCCUGGGUGCUGGGAUAAUUCUCCUUGUUAUUGCUGUGAUUUUCAUUAUUUUCCUUGUUAGAAGUUAAUAUCAAAUCACGCAAUCACAGAGUGGUUGGCAGGGGCCUCUGGAGACCAUCUGGUCCAACACAGCAGGUUUCACAGGGCCGUGGCCUGUCAGGUUUUAAGUAUCUUCAAGGAUGGAGCCUCUACAACCCCUCUGGGCAACCUGUCCCAGUGUUCAAGUGCCCCUACAAUAAAAUAAAAAUAAAAUAAAAUAAAAUAAAAUAAAUAAAAUAAAAAUUUCCUUAAGUUUAA